UCCUACUUCACAAAUCCGAUCUCUGCUUUCAGAGAAAGAAGGAAAAUGGAGUCUUCAACUUCCUCAAUCUCCAUGACAGCCUCCUCAAACCCACCUUCCAAACGCCUUUUGUUUGAUCGCCGUUAUGGUUGGGUAAUUGAUGAAUGGAAAGACCCAUCGGAGGAAGCUCUGGCGGGUGGCCGAGGAAUGUUUUGCGUCCUGCCUCUUGCAAAAUCUUUGAUAAAGAUGGCUUCGCAGUCGGUAUGAUGAAUUUUCAGCUCAUUCUUACAUUUACAUUUGAGAUUCUUGUUAUUCUAUAUUUCACUAAAAAACUGAAUUCACUAUUAGUUCUUUGAUAUGUGUUUUGCACUUUCUUUAUGUACGUUAACAUUUUGACAACUUAUUUGGCAUCAGACAUAUUAAUUUUAUUAGGGUGUGCUAAUUGGACUUUGGGGAUUAUCAAUAAUUUAACCAUCUGAGAGGCACAGAUAAACAGAAUUUGGUCUCUCUGGACUUCAUAAGUUUAGACUACUGCCGAAAGAAAGGUGCUUUAAACUUAUCAAAAAUUACCCAAAAAAGGGAUCAAAAUGCUUUAAGUCCAGUCAGUCAGCUUUUGUUUUCACUACAUGUUGGUGAAGCCGUUGAGCUAGACUUGCCCCUGGUUGUUGUUGUUGUGAUUUGUACCACUGGAACUUAGCUUGCCACUUUCCCACAUGCCAUGAAGAAGUUAUAGUGUUGUACUGUGCUGAUAGUUUCAUUGCAUAAAAAUAUGUAAGCUAUGUUUGUUUGCGACCACCACGUUGAUAAUUUUAGAACAAUUCAUCCAUCAGCGUACAUUGAAACGUUUUAAACCCCUCACUGUAAGAAAUGUUUUACAAUGAUUGAAAGAAAUACUCACUUUGUAGCUAGAAAUCAAGGGCAACCCAGAGUCUCUUCCCUCUGCCAGCAUAUCUGCUGUGGACUUAGCUGAUACAGGAAAUCUGUGAGCCAAGGAGGGCAAAAGAGCCGUUAAUUUAGUGUCUUCCAUCAUCAUGCAUUAGCCGAUUCACCCUAUAAUUUGUGUUGGGGAAAUCAAUAUGGCUUUGUGAGAUAGAAUACAAAGGAGAAUUAGUUUGGUUGUAGGCUUAGCUGUGAUAGAUAGACAUGAAUUAUAGCAAAUAUGUGAUAUUCAAAUAUUA